UUCGACGUCUGACGUCAUUACAAUGCGCCAGUGGCCCGGUUCUAAGGCAGAGCUGCACGUGAUAAAGGUGUACUCCUACGGGCAUGGCGUGCAGAUGGAGCGACGGGCACUCCUCACCGGUGCUGUGUGUGGCGGCGGCAGGCGAUGAGGGGCUGGUGGUUUCAGGCGCCGAGGGUGGCGAGGUGACCCUUUGGAGCGAGGAAGGUGCCCCCCUGGCCCAGACCACACUGGAGGGGGGUGGCGACGUGACAUGCGCCGCGUUUUCUCCGGCCUCGCCCAGGAAGCUGUUUGUGUCUCAUGGGGAGGCCAUCAGCAUCCUGGACCCCAGGGCCCUGAAGCGGCCGACCGACGUGCUGCGCGUCGGGGAUGACGAGAUCAACGGCCUGUCGGUGAACGAGUCGGGCAGCCUGCUGGCCGCGGCCGACGACUCGGGGGCCGUGCGCAUAUUGGAGCUCGCGAGCGGGAAGGUGGUGCAGUCCCUGCGCAGACACACCAAUAUCUGCUCCUCUGUGGCUUUCCGGCCCCAGCGGCCCCAGAGUCUGGUUUCCUGUGGGCUGGACAUGCAGGUGAUGCUGUGGAACCUGCAGAAGUCCCGCCCUGUCUGGGUUCUCAACCUCCAGGAGCUGACGGAGGAAGAGGAGGACCAGCAGCAGCCUGCUGGACAGCUCUUUAACCCGCCCCUGGUGCACUGCGUUGCGGUGGCCGACUGUGGUAACAGAUUUGCCUGUGCAGCUGAAGAUGGCAGGGUGCACUUGCUCAGGGUGGGGGGCUCCAGGUUUGAGCGGCUGAAGGCCCUGAAAGCUCACAGCCAAGGGGUGUCACAGGUCCACUUCCUAAACUUCCUGCCCCACCCUGACUGGCUGGUGUCAGGGGGGAAUGAUGGGAAGGUCUUGCUGUGGGACAUCAGCAAAGUGGGAUCGAUUUCUGAGGACAAAGGCAAGGCUAAAUUCCCAAGGAAAAAGGCAAAGAACAUGCACUCCCCCAAAAAGGACGAGGUCAGUGCCAAGCACGGCAGGGACAUCCAACCAACACUCAGCAUCAACCACGGAGAGAAGGUUAACUGGGUUUGUCCUGCUCGGCUGAAGGGAGAGGGCAGGAUCAUAGUGGCAGAUCAGAGCAGCUCUUUAUCGGUGUACCCUUUAGAGCUGUAGAGAAGAUGUACAACUUUGUCUGCUUUCCCAGUUAGAUCUUCAACACACUCAAGUCCAAGUACAAGGUGUAAUUUGUAUCUUCAGGAAAAAAAUAAUAAAACUAUCUGAAGCAAGCCAUUGGAGGCCUACAUCUCAUGACGCCACGUUAUACCGUAAGAAUUAGAAGAGUUAGAAGUGACAAAUCACUAAUGGCGUAAAUGUAGAAUGUGUUUUGCUACUGCAGCCUGGAAGCAAAUUUGUUACAUGCAAAAAAGAACAGUGCAGCCAGACUCCUCACAACAAAAAAAGGUGAAAGGUUUUUAGGUUUUUUUUUUCCCCUCCCAGGCUACCAAGUGAAAUUGCUAAAGGAGAGACAAAGUGCAAACAUAGUACAGAGUCAGCAGAUAAUUUUUACCACGACCUGUUUUUUUUAUCAGUGAGAUAUUGGACAGUGUAUUUUAAAAGAUGGAAUUCUUGCAACAUAAGAAGAGGAUUUUGCUUAACUGCUUCUGGGCCGCUGCAAAGAGGCUUUGGAGAUCAUAGCUUAGGCCAUCCAGUCCAUAGCAACAGUACCCCAAAAUUAGGAAUGCACUCGGCAAAAGAGAAACCUUCAUUAUGGUAGAGUGGAAGCCCAACAGGGCUUGUUUUAUUAAUGCAUGAUCUAUGAUUUAUAUUUGUUCUAAUGGAAGUGACAGCAUUAAUGGCAUUGUGUGUUGUGCAUUUAUGAAAGUACUUCACAACUAAAGCAUUAACUUCUUUAAAUGUUAACCUAUCCUGUGAAAUUUUGCUAAACACUAAAUAGCAACAAUGGACAACAGCAAUGUUGAGGAAAUGAUGUAUUAUGUGUAAAGAAGAUCAUUUGACAAACUGAAAAUUUGGGAAUCCAAAUUUGAAUGAGUGUAUAAGGAUUGCAGGCUGGAUAAUGGCGUUUACAAUGAAGAUUCAGGAAGGAUGACAGCAGUAAAGUUCGCUCACAUCUCGGUUGUUCUAGCUCAUGAUCUUUUACUGGUGCCAUUUCCUAAAUCUUAAAAAAAACUAUAAAUCCUGUACAACAACCUUUUUUACUUUGCAUUAGUCUUUUGCAUCUUCCUCCACCCCAUUUCUACCUGUGCUGCUGCUGCUUGGCCAUUCCUGACUAAGCAAGGGGGUUCCAGCCUCCUCCUCCUGCUUCAAGGGAGCUGCCAUCAGCCAAGCAGGUGGAGGCACAUUUACUGUGACAAAACCAAACCAACUUUUCCAAUUCACUUAAUUCUUUGGUGUCCAUCCUCAGUAAUAUGGAGAAAGCAGAUUACAAUCAGAGUGUCAAAGGAUCUGUUUGGUCUCAAUGCAAAGUGUGCUGGUUUCCUAAUGAAAAGUUACAUUUGCUUACAAAUAUAUGUAAGCAAAAACACAUCUAAAAACAACUUUAGAAAAAGUAAAAGUCAUGUAAAAGACAAAUGCACUGUUGAAGACUGGGCAGACACUUGUCAAAUACAGUGUGAUCAGCCCAAGGUGAAAGCAUGGCCUGGAGGUACCAGUAAUGUAUAGUUGUCAGUGAGUGGCACUUCCUGCCUAAAGAAGCAAUGGGUGCACAUAAUCCAUUGAUCUUUAUUGUGCUCAUCAAAGGAUUAAAAAGGGCCUGUGGAAUUCUAGGACAUGUAUCAGGGUGGUGAAGAAUUUUGAAACAGGGCUGGUAAUAUGAUUAAACCAAUUUAACCAACCAAUGAGACCUUACUUAGCAUGAUGUUUACAGUUCUGGUUAUCGUGUUUCAAAAUAGGCAUGGUUAAGUGGGAGGGAGUUCAGAAAAGAAUCAUUCCUGGUUUGAAAUAAAUGGUCUACCCAGUAAGAUUAAAAGAAUGAAGAUGAUUAAGUGAAAGCGGGUUCCAUUUCCAACAACAGAGCAAGGUCUGAAGACACCAGUGGGAGUCAAGAGGAAGUACAUACUGGAUUGAAAAUAGGAUAUGUGUCAUCGUGCAUUAUGGAAAUCUCAUAUACAGACUCCCACCCUGUAGUCUGAUCUCAUCACAUCUCGUGAAGCUCAGCAGACACUCAGGCUUGGACAGUUCUGGGAUGGUUGAUCUCAAUGGAAAACCACAGUGCAGCUGCAUUUUGUGAGUGAACCAGAAUUUCCAGAAACUAGGUUUUUGCAUGUUGACCAGGGACAUUAUGCUGUAGAAGGUGCCAUCCUUAGAUGAGACAUUAAACCGAAGUCCCGACUUCUUCGUCAUUAAAUUAGGGGUACUUGUAAGUGUUAAUCUUGGUGUUCUGGCUAAAUUCCACUCUGGGUUUGCACACUUUGGCCUCCCCAAAAUCCUCCCUUAUUUCACCUGGCUAUGUAAUUUGUUAAUCCACCUGAUCUGUUAUGUAGUGGGGCUGCUGACAAAUAAUGCCAGCUGUUUGUUACACAAGUGGGUGCUGCAUUUCAGUGGUGAAUGUGUGAAUAUGUGCGUAUCCUUUGUAAUGAAAAGCACAUUAGAAAGGCAUUUUAUCAUUGUAACCUAGAAAUAGCUGAGUUACUUGGGCAAUAAAAUUAAGAACAAGAGACAAAGCUGAGCUGAAUGACCUCCCCUUGUGUGUAACACAUUGCUCUCUGGAUAAUAUUAAGCUUUGUAGCUCUCCUAGGGCAGCAAGAGUUGUCUGAGACAGUUGCAGUUCCCAGAGAAUUAGUUUUUUUUCCAUUGUUCAGGCUGGCUGUAUCUCAUAGAACAGCAGGAUACAAGCUGGGGACUCCUAGAGUUGAUCUGUAAGGAAGAGAUUUCACUCCAGUAUUGGAUCAGGACACUUACACGCCAGCUGAACUGUUAUUUACGUAGUUAAACUCUUCAUUGGUGUAAAAAUAGCACUAAUAUGAACUCCUUGGGCAGCACAGUGGUUAGUAUUGCUGCCUUGCACUAUUGCCUUUCUUGGGGCCUGGGUUCAAUUCAUUGCGGUUAUAUCAUUUAUAUGUUUUGUCCGUGUUCUCAUGGGUUUCCUUGGGGUGCUCCAGUUGCCUCCCACAGUCCAAAGAUACUGGCUUCUGGGGAAAUUGGCCCUGGUCUGAUAGUGUCUCUUAUGAUGGACCAGUGUCCUUUCCAGGGUGUAUUUUGCCUCUGGUGAAGCCGAGUUGGAUGAAGAAGAAGAAUUUCAACAGGGGGGGACUCACUCCUUUCAACAAGGGCCUGAGUAUGCAUGUGAGGGUGUAUAAAACAAUGCUAACAUAGUAUAACUUCACCCAAAAUAAAGGUCAUUUCCAGUGGUAAAGGUAAGAGUUGUGAUCACGGGAAAAUAAGCAUUAGACAAUGAGAUGUCAUCAGACAGCCUUCAGUGCAGUCUGCUUUCAUUCCAAUCCAUGCUAAAGUCUAUGAUGAUUUCAAGACUUAUUUUCAAAGUAUGAGACAGUGACUGUUUACUUUUUAGGGAACAAAAGACAGUGCAAUCACUAGCUAAGUGUAAUCUCAUCAUCGAGCCGGUGAUGGUGAUGAGAUUACACUCGUCACUCUGCUGAUGAGAUAGCUAGUGCCAACUGAGCAGCUAAGAAUGGAAUCUCUCUCCUUUCCUCUAUCUCUGUGCAAACAGGCACUGGUGUUUGUCCAAAAUCUGUAACUUGACAAUGAAGAGGCAGUUUCUGACAUCAUUUGAAUGUUUAUCGUAAGCCACUGAAAAAUGUGUCAUGUCUUUAAAACGGGAACCAAAUACUGUAUUUACAGAAAACAAAUUUCUCAUCUGGGUCAAUAAAGGAAGUAAGCAAUGA